AUGAGCGGUUCGCUAGUCACGCUUGGCAUUUACUGUGGCAUUUUCGGUGCACUUCUCGCCUACUGCAACCUCAUGCAGGUCGGGCUUAACAUCGUGAUCGCCACUGCGGUCGGCCUGUUUGUUCUCAGCUACGCGCUGCUGUUCGCUGGCUUCUGCUUUAUCGGCCGUACGCUGGUGCGUUCGCCGCUGGAAGCUCCGAUCGUCGCCAGCAAACUGCAGCUAAACAUCUGCUCGACGAUCGCAACGUACGUCCGUCGCGGCUUCAAACCGCUCUUCCCGCAAUGGACACUCACGUUCGAGAUCGCAGGAAACAUGAUGCGCUACAUGUUUGAGGAGUUCGGGGACGUCAUCGCCUUCGAGAACGCGGCGCUAUUGCGUGAGCCUUUUGCCAUGCACGGCCGACUGAUCCUGAAAUCCAACUGCCGACAGCACAACACGGUUCCGGAGAAGCUGGAGGCUAACGGUCUAGACCAUGUGUGGCUCCGCGACGCUGAUAAGAAGCUACAGCGCGUGGUGGUCAUCCACUUCCACGGCGGAGGCUUCGCGAUGUCACAUCCAUUGCAAGAUGUGGAACUAGCGAACCAGACGCACACAAUGCUCAAGCAGAUUCUAAAGGAGAAAUACCAGCUUGACGUGUCCGUGGACGUGCUAUUAGCUAACUACCGCAAGAGCCCGGAGAACCCGUACCCGACACCAGACGACGACUGCCUCACGAUGCACCAGUACGUCUUAAAACACGAAAACAUCACUCCGAAUCGCGUGCUCUUAAGUGGAGACAGCGCUGGCGCCAAGAUGUCACUCUUUAACUGUAUCCGGAUGCGCGACUCGAACAACUCCGCACAGCUGCCGCUUGGAUGUCUAUUGUACUCUCCUAGUGUCGAUUUUGAGGAGAAGGGAGGCGACGAGAAGACCCCGUUCUGCAUCAUGCCAGCCAAGUUCGUGGACAACGUGCACCAGACAUACCUGGCCAAGGUGACGGACCCCGAGGAACGCUUGAAGGCGUCUCCUAUCAACCGUGACCUCCGUAAUCUGCCGCCUAUGUUCGUGCAAUACGGAACGCUGGAGCGCUUCUACGAACAAGGCAAACGGAUCAUCGCGAAGGCUAAGGAACAAGGCGUCACCAACUGGGAGGUAGAUUUUUUGGUGAACAUGCCCCACGAUGUUGUCAUGCUACCGACUGAUGUAAGUCCUGCCGCGAGAGAGGGAAUUCGUCACGGCUGUGAGUUCGCUGCUAAGCUUGUAGCUGAAGUCCUGGGUGCUGAACCCGAGCCGGAAUGCUAG